CGCAGCCAUGUGCAUUACGAACAUGGAGUUUACGAGUUUUCUGUAGGAAACUUGCGGUAUUCGUUUGACGUUUUGUUUGUUUGGAAUCAGGAUGGCUGUCAAAGAAAAGCAGGUAGAUUCCGCCGAGGAAAUCGAAUGGAACGUCGAAAAUGAAAUACAACUAUUCUUCGCCAUGAAUGGCCACAAACCUGUUGGUGUAAAUAAAUAUUUCCACAUGGUUUGCAUUUGGGAGAAAUUUCGGGCAGCUAUUCACAAAGACGUUUCCUUGAAAACGAUUUGGGACCAUUUGGAAUCGAUGUACGAUUUGAUGGCCCUAGACGAUAUGGAAGAUUUCCCCUUCCCUAGUAACGAAGUAGAUUUCACUCUUCCCGAUUCGGAAUUCCAAGACGUGAUUAAAUCCCGACAAGAAGAGCAGGAGACAAAAACAAAAGAACAGAAGGAAAUUAAAAAAGAGAUUAAAAAGGAGAAGGAAGUAAAGGAACCCAUAAAAAAAGAGGUCACACCAAGGGAACAAAAAACGCCAAAAGAAGUAGAGAAAAAGAAGGAGGAAGUUAAGAAGGUAGUCAAGGAACCUGAAAUCAAAAAGGAAAAGCAACGGGAAGUCAAGGAUGUGAGAAAGGAGCAGAAAACUGCAGCGAAAGGGAGAUUAAAGGGAAAAGACGAUCAAGAGGAGCCAGUCAUUAAGAAGGAACGCAAGGAGUCAGAAUCAAGUCGCGAGGGUCCAAAAAGAGCGCCGAAAAGACCUACGAGACAAAGCACCGACAGUUCAUCAAAAGCAUCUUCUAGUCCACGUGAUACGCCGCCUCCAAAACGUCGAAGAAUAUGACUGGACACUCGUGUCCGCUCUCUAUAAAUACUAUUGAUUAGGUAAACUGUUCUACUCAUAUCGCAUUUCAUCGUUUACUGUUAAAUUUGAAACAAUCAUGAUAUAUAACAUUCGAGAAUGUGUUGCAGAAUGUAAAUAACUUAGUAUUUUUUCUACCUGAUUGACUCCAAUUAAUCAAUUUUUUUAGCAUUUUGAGAAAAUACUGCAGUCAUUUAGUUGGAACUAAAAUAAUAAUCCUUGCAAAAUUUGGAGAUAGUCAAUGUUUGGUUCGAAUUCUUAAAAUUAUGUUUCAAGGAAGUGUUCGCCAUAUCUACUUUACGACAGUUUUAUGUUACGCGUAAAACUAAAUCCUUUUGUACUUCAUAAAUAUGAUGUAAAUAAAAUACUAAAUUGCACUCCCGAA